AUGGGAUUUCCAGACCGAAUCGUUGUUGAUUUGUUCGACUCACAAGCCGAAAAAACGUAUGUGCGACCAUGGUUAGCUGAAAAGUACGGAAAACAAGCAGAUGACCGAAAAUUGAUCGUAAGGGUGGUUGACGGGCCCAACCGGGAAAUAAAUGGUAAAUGCCGGAACAAAGCCAAACUCGCUGGAGGUGGACAUCAAAAAGGUAUUCCUAAAGGAACCCAUUUAUAG